AUGAACUUUAAUAAAGUCACAGAAUGUUCCAAUAUUUAUCAUUUGAAUAAAACAUUGACGUCUUUACAGGGACCUCAAGGAGCUCCAGGAAGAGACGGCCUCAAGGGAGACCGAGGAUCCCCGGGGCCGACUGGAGCUCCGGGUCCUCCAGGGUCUUUCGACUUCCUGCUUCUGUUGAUGGCAGACAUCCGUAACGACAUCGCUGAUCUGCAGAGCAAAGUUUAUGGGCGACCGCUGCAGUCUCCGGAGGACUUUCCCCCGGCCACAGACGGCUGGAGCCACCAGGAACAGCACCAGGACCAGGACCAAGACCCAGACCCAGGCUCCGGGGAGGAACACAAGAGCCAGCCUCCUCUGUCACGAAGAGGAGGCUCACGAAGGAACCGAAAGAAGAAACCAACACAACAUACAACAGACAUGGACUGGAGGAAGUGA